UUUUUUUUUCUCUAUCCCCUCCUCAUCUCUCUUCCUCUCUAUUCAUCUCUCUCUCUCUUCGACGGAAACUGCCCAAAUUCUCCCCCAAGGUUGGGUCGCCGCCUCCGCGAAUCGUCUCCCUCGUCGACCCCCACGCCGACGAUCACUGCUCGCCGGGAGAAACGUCGUCUUCCGCCGCUGCCGCUGGAGUCGUCGGAAAAAGCUGUUGUCCGCCGCUGCUACUGCUGCCACGGGGAGGGAAGCCGCUGUCGUCGCACCGUCGGAGAGGCGCCAGUCGUCGCUGCUGCCGCCGGACAGCACGGCUGCUUUCGCCGGCACCCCGAACCUCUCCGAUCAGCCCCGCACUCCACCCGAACAGCCCGAUUACAAUGAAGAAGCCGUGGUUGGUAAUUCUGAAGCAGUAGAAAUUUUGAAGGAUUAUUAUAUUCCAGAUUACAUACUUCUUCCUGAUUUGGAAAUCGAACAACAAGCUCGUGUUCCUGAAUGCCCUCUAAUCGUAUUCAUCAACACAAAAAGUGGGGGGCAGUUGGGAGGUGAACUUUUACUAACAUGCUGUAGUCUUGUUAACAAAAGUCAGGUUUGUUUCUAGUUUUGACUGCUCAGGAAUGGACAAGGGAGCGAGUGUCAAGUUUUUGUUGAGGACCUUUAGCUUAGUUUUACUGGUAUUCAGGUGUUUGAUCUUGGGUAAAAGUCACCUGAUAAGAUGCUUAUUUCAAUUUGGAGAAGCACAAGCAAAAUGGAGAUAGAUUUUCUGCCGAGAUUCAAACAAGAUUACGUAUCAUACUGGGUGGCUCCUCGGAGCGGAGUGGUUUCUGAUCUUAAGCUAUCGCAUCCACCUCCAAUCGCUACUAUGCCACUAGGGACAGGGAACAACCUCCCUUUUUCAUUUGGUUGGGGGAAAAGAAAUCCUGGAACAGACUGUCAAUCUGUGAAGUUAUUCUUUAAAAAAGUCAAAGGUGCUAAAGGGAUGAAAAUUGACAGCUGGCAUAUUCUAAUGCGGAUGAGAACUCCUAAAGAUGGUUCAUAUGAGCCUCUUGCACCUCUUGACCUUCCCCACUCCUUGCAUGCCUUCAAACGUGUAUCCGCCACAGAUGAAAUGAAUGAGGAAGGAUACAUCACAUUCAGGGGGGGAUUUUGGAAUUAUUUUAGCAUGGCUUCAUAUCCAUAUUUCAUCAGCAGUUAUCUACAUAUUUCCUUUUUAAUUUUAGUGUGUUCUUGGAAGGUUAGAUAAAUUAUUUUAAGGAUUUAUGAAGCUUAUCAUUUAGUCUGAAUCGCUUAAUUCUGUAGACCUUUCCUUCAAGUUCUCAUUUCUGAUAAUAUCGUCAGAGUAUGUGGAGGUUCAGUAUUUGUUUCUAUCCAUGUUCCUUUUACCAAACUUAAAACUCACCGCAGUAUUUUUUUUCAUAAUGUGUUGAGUGCUAUAGGCUGGAAGUAUGAAUGAGUUUGAUAUUGUACAACAAUGAGGAUCUUAUUAUGACUGU